GAAGCUCAAGUCGGAGGGCGGGACCUUCAGAUGCGAUGUUCUCGAGUUUUCUUCGUUAAUAACAACGUUAGUUUCUUUAAUCCGAGCGGAUAUGACGUAACGGUUCGUUGUAGCCAUGAGCUCGUUCACAGGGCGGAUGAAGGAAUAUCCCGCGCUGUCCCUGGACCGGUUCGACCGGGACAACAUCUUCUCCCGGGCGUACUUCCUGUCCCACUGCCACAAAGAUCACAUGAAGGGGCUGAAGGGGCCUCUGCUGAAGAGGAAGCUUCAGUUCAGUCGCACAGUCCGGCUCUACUGCUCCUUUGUGACCAAGGAGCUCCUGCUCAGUAAUCCAAAGUACCAGUUCUGGGCCCAGUUCAUCGUUCCACUGGAGCUGGAGAGUCCCACUCAGAUCUCCCUGGUGGACGAGGCUUCAGGAGAGAAAGAAGAGCUCGUGGUGACGUUGCUUCCUGCAGGUCAUUGUCCCGGCUCUGUCAUGUUCCUGUUUGAGGGUUCUCAGGGAAACGUGUUGUACACAGGAGACUUCAGGUUCGCUGUGGGAGACGCGUCGAGGAUGGAGCUUCUCCACUCGGGCAGCAGGGUUAAAGAUAUUCAGAGCAUUUAUCUGGACUCCACUUUCUACGACUCUCGCUUCUAUCAAAUACCCACUCGAGAGGUGUGUCUGAACGGCAUCUCGGAGCUCAUCGGAAACUGGAUCUCUCAGAGUUCUUAUCACGUCGUGUGGCUCAACUGUCGAGCUGCGUAUGGAUAUGAAUACCUGUUCACCAACCUGGGAGAGACGUUCAACACUCAGAUCCAUGUCAAUAAUCUGGAGAUGUUCAAGAAGAUGCCAGAGAUCCUGAGCUACGUGACGACCGACCGCAGGACUCAGAUCCACGCCUGUCGACACCCGAAGGCUGAGGAGUAUUUACAAGGCAACCGGCUGCCGUGUGGUUGCACCGCCGGCGACGGGACUCGUCUUCAAAUCAUCAGCAUCAAACCAUCGACCAUGUGGUUCGGGGAGAGAACCAGGAAAACCAACGUCAUAAUAAAAACAGGAGCCUUUUCCUACAGAGCCUGUUUCAGUUUCCACUCCUCCUACGCUGAGCUGAAAGACUUUCUGACGUAUCUUCAGCCCGUCAACAUCCAUCCCAGUGUGAUCCCUAUGGGCCGGACUCUGACUGAGGUCACACAGAUGUUGAAGCUGAUGUGCAGGGACCAAUCGGAUCAGACAGCGUUCGUAUAUAAACCUCUGGGAGUUCUCAAACGCAGCAGGAUGGAGCAAACUACCAACGAUUCUGGCAGCGAUGACGAGCUGUUUGACGGACGGGACCUGGCACCAGUGAGGAAGAAGAUGGGACUGAACCAAGAAGAAGAAGAAGAGAAAAUUCAGAGAACAGCGCCCCCUAUAUCUGUGGAUGAGUCUUUACCUCCGUCAGUCGCCAACACACAGUCUGUUGCAGGUGACUACGUCGACUGCACCGAGUCCAAUGGUGAAGAGGAAGAUGAUGAGGAUGAGGAGCAGGAGGAGCAGGAGGGACAGGGUGACAUGAAACCGAUGAAGGAGGAGGUGACAAAAGAAGAAGAGAACAAGAUGGAGGCAGAAAACCAAGAGAUUCCAAAGUGGGAGGACUUCUUCUCUGCAGAAAUGCCGACUGACAGCCAGAACAGCCAAUCCCAGUCCUGCUGCUCCUACCCCAGCCCCUCCCCCUCCAAGAUGACCAGCUCACAGAUGCCCGAGCUUUUCAGUGAUGAAGACGAAGAAGAAGAAACUCCUGAAAGCAACGACCACGAACCCUUCAGCCUGACCCUGUCGGCCUCCUUGUCCAAUCAUUCCUCCCAGAACAUGGACUCGUGUUUCCCCGACACCUUGAUCCUCCGCCCGGAGGGGGAACGAGGAGAAACAAGGACCAAUACCGUCCCUCAGAGACAAGAGGAGGACGGGCUGAUCGUCCAAUCAGAGCCUGAGGAGCUGUCACAGUCCCAGGCGUCCUCAGACUUUGACAUUCCCUGCACGCCAGAGUCGAAGGCGCCACGACCAGAUGAACUGUCCCAGCUGUACCAGGCGUUGGCGUCAGGGGAGGAAGACCUCCUCCGAGAAGGAAGUAAGGGUUUUAGUUGACUGAGAUGAAGAUGGACGUCGUGCUGUAAACUGCUCCAUGUAUGUGGAUGGGACAUGAACCAAACCAAGUAUAAAUGUUUCUCAGGGAUCAAAACAAAUGUUAUUUAAAUGUUUUAGUUUUUGUUUGUCAGGUUUUCAUCCCUGUUUGUUUGUUUGUUUGUUUGUUUGUACACAACAUGACACCGAGUCCAGUGGUGGAACCGCUCAGGAAAGAAUCCAUUACAUUCCGGUGCAGAUCUCCUCAGGGAGGUUUGUUCCAAUGAGGAAAAUGGUGAAAAACAUUAUCUCACAAAGUUAAAGAAAGAGAAAUAUAAUUCCUGAAUCCGCGCUCUGAUCCAGAUUCACACCCGAGUCCUUCCUCAUCCUUCCACCAGGUUUCAUGUGAACUCGUCCUCAAGUUUUAACAUCUCGCUCACAAACAAACAAACGGGUGAAAACACAACUUCCUUGUUGGAGGUGAAUGUUGAUGAGUUUCCUUUCGACCGACCAGCAGCUCUGCUAAUGAGCGACCGCAGCCUCCGCCAUGUUUGAGAUAAUCAGCCGAGUGAGAUUCAGUGUAACGGCUGCACAGCAGGAGGCGCCAGCAGGAACCUCCCAGAGGAGUCGGCUGUGUUCGGGAUUAAAAACAACAUGCAGCCUCCUGGAGCUUCACAACAAACCGUCUCUCUCACGGAGUCCUGGUUUGUUUCCACCUCCAUGAAAACACACAAGUCUGUGAGCAAGGCGUCAGGGCGGCCAUGACAGGAGCCGGCGUCUCUCACAGAGGACGCAGAGGGACGAUGUCCUCCACUGUUGCUGGUUCACAUGUGAGACUCCUGAUGAGACUGAGGGUGUGAAAGACGUCUGCAGGGAUUCAUCUGCUUCUUCUUCUCCGUCCACGGACCACAUCCCUCCAUCACGUUGCACGUCGCACCCUGCAGGUCACUCGGAGGCAGGACAGACCACAAGCUAAAGUUCAUUUCCAAGAAAAAGUCGAACUUUAAAACUGAUUUAAUUUGAUUUGAUGACAGAAAACAAUGCACUUUACUUAAUGACAAUGUUUUGAUGUUUGUCACAGCUGCUUUAAAAACGUUGUGAUUUAAUCACCUUUAAGUUUUCACCAGAUCCAGAGAUUUGUUUUUCUCUUUCUUUAACACAAUAAGAAGUUUUUCAGUGUUGUUCUUGAUUCUCAGAGAUUGAUUCAAGAAUCUUGAUGAAAACAAUGUUUAGAGAACUGAUGUACUUUUUAUUCAGAUACUUUCUGAUAAGGACCAAUUUAAUGCAAAAAUAAACCUCAUUUUCUGCAUCCUGUGACCCUUUUCUCUACUGCCCCCUUCAGGCAGAUCCUUCAAAAUGCUGAAUCAGUCAAAAAAAAAAAAAAAAAACAUUU